AAAUGAAAAUGGCCGUGGUCCCGGGUAUUACCUUCUAUCUCCUCUUCAGCUUUUCACCUUGCCACACAACUACCUAUUCAGAGGACAGAGAAGAAUCUCGCGAUGCUGUGGUCGGCCCUGGUUUGCCCCCACUGAAACUUGGCCUCUCGAUCUGCGCAAUGAAAGCCGACGCCGGGCCCUGCAAAGCACUACAUAGCCGUUAUCACUUCAGCAUGCAGACUCAGCACUGUGAGCUCUUUGACUACGGCGGCUGCGAAGGCAAUGAGAACAACUUCCUAACCCUGGAAGAAUGCCAAGCGACUUGUCUUGUCCCAGAUUUGCCUAAGAAGAAGAAGAGGACAAGAUUUAAGAAAGAAAAACCCUCUUUCUGCCUUUUGGAGAAUGAUCCUGGAAUCUGCCGGGGAUUGAUUUCCAGGUAUUUCUACAACAAGGAGACUCAGCUGUGUGAAAAAUUCAUGUAUGGUGGGUGCCUGGGAAACCAAAACAACUUUGAAUCUUUGAAAGAAUGCCAGGAUGUCUGCCAGAACAGCUCCAACUCACUGCAAACAGAAGAUGAAAAGAAGGUCCUUCCUAGUGUGGCCAAUAAUAGUUCCCCAGCUGUAAAGCAGGCCUCAGCUCUGGUGCCUUCCUUUUGUACAUCACCGAUGGACCGAGGUCUCUGCAGCGCCAAUGAGAAAAGAUACUUCUACAAUCAUACAACUGGAAAAUGCCACCCAUUCAGUUACAGCGGUUGCGGUGGGAACAUAAAUAACUUCACCUCCAGAAUGUCAUGCCUUCAGAUGUGCAAGAAAGGUUUCGUGAAAAAAAAGAAGGGCCAACGAGGCAUAAUGAGAAUCCGCCGGAAACGAAAGAAGCAGCCGGCACAGCUAACGGAUGAGGAGAUUGUCAUUGAAAGGAUAUAA